AUGAGGGAGCAUGGAUACCCAGAAUUGAGGCCAUUACUUUGUAUUGGUGGUGUUGAUAUGCGGUCACAAUUGGAAGUCGUGAAGAAAGGUGUUCAUAUUGUGGUUUCUACAACCUGGGAGGUUGAAGGACAUGCUUGCCAAAUGAAAAGACAGAAGGGGACUUGGGAGGCUCUUGGUGGGUUGUUGGAAAAUCACAAAAUCGAUGAUGCGGUGCUAGAAGGAAAUCUCUAG